AAGUAACGUGUUUAGUUUCAGUUUUUAUCGCUUUAGUUGCAGUUUCAUGUAAUAGUAGAAAAAUGUUAGUAGAAAAUCUUGCCGUUUACUUGAAUUACUUUGCGGCGGACUACCUUUGAUUUUUACUCAUCGCUCCUAGCUUGAACUUCAGCAUUACUUAAAAUUUCAUCAUUCAUGCAUUUGUAUCAGCAUAAUUUGGCCUAACGCAUAAAUCUCGAAUAUAAAGUUAUGGCUCGAAAAGCCUUCUUUCCUCCGGAUACGAUCCUACCAAUGAGGGUAACACAGCAGAAGUGGAUCUGCGUUAUGUCUCCGCAACUUUAUGAGAUGAAGAUUGAUUAUUCUAAAGUUGGAAAAUGGCUUUUGUUUUUCGAUCACGAAAAGGAAUGCGAGGCUAGAGGUCUUACUGAUCAUGAGCUUGUUUGGCAAUACAUGAAAUACCUAGUGUAUGAUCAUCAGAACACACAUAUCAUGGGUGCUAAAUGUUCCACAGCUUGGGAAGGUCCAAGGAACUGCUCUCCAAACUGUCCAAAUGGAGUAAUUUGCUGUUAUACUGACGAUUAUACAAAUAAGUUAGAAGUAAAAAUUGCAGCUGAUGCCAUUCGGCGGAUCAUAAAUGAUAAAUGUCAGAUAAACACACCUUUCCUAAGACCCAUAUAUUAUAAAACUGAUGAAGCUACGUAUGCUGGUCUAUAUACUUACUUAGGUAACAAGCAUAUAUCUACAUAUAUGCAUUCAUGUGAUAACGUUCUUUUCGAAAGAGAUGAAUUCGGUCAUUGGCAAAAAGUAGAGUUUUAAAAUUUAUUCAAAAUGUUCUUUCUUUUCAAAAAGUUUUUGUUUAUGUUUCGAUAAUUGUCAAGGAGAAACAACAGUGUUAUAAUUAUGCCUCUUCAGAACCACUAUUUUUCAUGAAUCACUUUGUAUGGUUUUAUGUUUAUUAUCCUAUUAUUAGUCCAAAGGGAUUUGAAUCCCGAAGGACUAUUAGUUUCGUUUUGGCAUUUUGCGUCGGACUCAUAAAUGUCGGUUCACUUUUCAAACUGUUGCCACAAAA